CUCACGUGUUUUUAUUUGCAAAUUCCAAUCACCCGCCAUCUUGUUCCUGUGACUGAGCAACGCUCGAGAAUAUGACCAGUGUCGCAGCUUUGGCUGGGAUACCCUCUGCUACAGGAACGAAGCGUACAGCUGAAGAUCUACUGAGUAUAGCAGGCCUUAUGGGGGACCAAAAAAAGGCAAGAUUUGAGAAUGCUCCAUCUAAAGUGAUACAUGUUAGAAAUGUACCAGUUGAUGCUAAUGAUACAGAGCUUCUUGCACUUGGACUGGAAUUUGGACGAGUAAAAAAUGUACUUUUAUUAAAAACCAAACGACAGGGUUUUAUUGAAAUGGAGGACAAACAAACAGCUGCAAAUUUUCUCACUUACUACUCGCACGUAUCACCAACCAUCAGAGGUCAGGUGGUGUAUGUGCAGUAUUCAAAUCAUCCCGAGUUGAAGACUGAACCCUCUCAGCAUUCCUCUGGGACUUCCAAAAUCAUUGCUGCUGGUGGCGACUAUCCUUACUCAGCAGAUGGGCAGGGAGCUCUUGCUGCUGCUGCUGCGGCUGCUGCCAAAGGUGUGACGGGAAAUAAAAGCAAUGUCAUCAGAGCAGUGAUUGACAAGUUAUGGUAUCCAAUAACUGUUGAAGUCCUCUACAAGAUAUUCUCAAGUUUAGGGACCAUUCUUAGGAUUGUUACCUUUACAAAAAAUGGUCAGUUUCAGGCGCUAAUAGAAUUCACCACCGUUAAUGAAGCAGAACUUGCAAAAGUUACACUUGAUGGACAAAAUAUUUACAAUGGCUGUUGCACCUUACAUCUUGAAUUUUCCAAAUUGACCACAUUGACAGUGAAAUACAACAAUGAUAAGAGCAAAGAUUACACCCGACCUGACCUUCCCUCAGGUCCCAAUGAUGGCCCUUUUGGUGGAGCUGACCUUGCUGGGUUACUUGCUGGUGGUGCAGCUGGAGGUGCUAGUUUAAUGGGUGCUCCAGCUCUUUUGAGUCUUCUUCCUCAAGGAGGAUUGCUCCCAGCAAGUUUCUUUGGUGCCACAGGCGGCCGAGGAGGGUUGAACAUGGGAGGGUCUCCUGUUGUUCUUGUUAGCAAUUUGAAUGAAGAGAAGAUAAACUGUGACAUGCUUUUCACUCUGUUUGGUAACUAUGGCGAUGUAAUCCGUGUAAAGAUUCUGUUCAACAAGAAGGACACAGCUCUAAUCCAGUUUCAUGACCCUCAACAAGCCCAGACAGCAAUCAGAAAUCUGAGUGGAGUCUGCAUGUAUGGAAAAGAAAUCAAAGUGACUUUGUCAAAACACACUUAUGUUUCCAUGCCCAAGGAAGGAGAUGAAAAUAAUCUAACAAAAGAUUUCACCAAUUCACCCUUACAUCGCUUCAAGAAACCAGGAUCCAAAAACUUCCAAAACAUUUUCCCUCCUAUCAGAACACUUCACGUAUCAAAUAUCCCGGACACAGCUACAGAAGAGGAAUUAAUAGAUGCUUUCUCUGCUUCUGGAACAGUAACAGAAUUCCGCUUCUUUGCGAAAGACCGCAAAAUGGCCUUGGUAACUAUGACAACAAUAGAGGAGGCAAUUGAUGCUCUUAUUAAAAUGCACAACUACAAAAUCACAGAGUCUAAUCAUCUCAGAGUAUCUUUUGCCAAAACAAGAUCAUCCAACUGACCAUCUUAAUCUAACCUGCAAUCACACACACUUUUUUAGUGAAAGCUCAAAUUUUGUCUGUGCCGAAAAAAGCUUGUAUGAUUGCAGGUUCCUCCACAUCAUGCACAAGUUUUUCAAGCUCAUGUUAGUUAACCCUCCAUGUAUAUGCAGCUGUACGUACAUGCGUUCCGAUGCAACUGUCAUUUUAAUUAGUUACAUACUGCCUGUUCAAAAUAAGGGAUUCAUUUUUUGAAGUGUUCUUUCUCUAAAAGUUUCACAGGAUGAAAACAUAAAAAUUUCCUACAUUUUGGGAUGACUGCAUAAUGUUGUACUUUGUAGAUAAACCAUGGCUUGAAUUGGGAAAUUCAAAUUAUUGGAAUUAUAGCAUCCAACUUUGUGUUCUUGGCAAUUUUCUACUCUCUCUUUUUAUUUUAAUUUAUGCUGUGCUUUUUCUGGAUUUAACAUACAAGUAAUCUAGAUUUUUGUUGGAAGAAAAGGAUUAAAGGCAAGGGUUGCCUUUAUUGGACAAAAAUAAUGUCCUUUGGGUGUUAAACACCUUGUUGCCUCUACAUCUACUGUUCUUGUUAGAUGUAGUUUAUUGCCUCUUGGUCCUUGUGUAAUUCAGAUCUCAAAAAGGGGUUUUUUUUUCAAGUUCAUCAAUUUUACUUUAACAUCUGAUAUUUGUUGGGAAUUGAAUCAUCUCCUAGAUAAGUGGUUUUAAGCAAGUCAGUGAAUAUGCCAAUAGCUUUUCUUCUUUUUCUUUGGAGGUAAAUCCAAGUGGGGGUUUUAUUUGUACUCAAGAUGUGUUUGACAAUUUGAAUUGGCCAAGGUAUCUGCCAUUCAAUAUUUCAUUAUCAUGAAUUUGAUUGAUUUGGGAAAAAAUAAAUUUGAUUAACUGAAUUGAAUUUAUUUGUAAAACUUGCAUGGGUGUUAGAUUCAUGCUAUAAGUAGGGUUCUUAAAAAUUCAAGGGAACAGAUAGGAAGUUAUAAAUGUUUAAAACCAAAUUUUUUUCCAUUUGAUGCUUAGGGAUUUGUUGUAUGUGGGGGGGAGGCCUUGUCAAGGUAGCAUUAGACAUGUUAAUCUUGUUGUUUGUAGCAGCAUGUAAAAUGAGAAAGAUUACGAAGUAAAUAAAGAUUAAUUUCUUACUUUG